GGAUUGCUGGGUUGAUUGAAGAUACACACGUUUUGCCUGGUAGGAUUCCAAUGGUAGGAUUCGGUCAUCAUGCACAGAGCAUGUCUCUCUUCGUCUGUCUGUCUGUCUGUCUGUCUAAGUAAGCGUCACGCACGCACAAGCACACGGAUGUCACAGCACACCGAGAGAGAAUGGGAUAAGACAAGGCAAGUCCAUCGGCCCUUCUGCACACAAAAAAUACCAAUCGACGCACAAAUACGACUGCACCGACCACUUAAGCCCUCUUCAAGAAAAUCCUAAACCACCAGAAGCGACCUAAAGCAGAACUAUCAUACACGGUUCAAUUCCGUGCUGCACAGACCCGGAUCAAUGCACAGCCGACUGGCCGGCCGAAGUGGCUGAAGGGAAGAAUGGCCAAAACGCCCACAACAGAGGCUAGAUGCCGUCCAGCCGCUAGCGGCCACGGCGCAGCGAGACGCGAAUGCGCCUCUCAGCAAGGAGGAUUAAGCAGAAGAGACAUGGCGCCCCCGCCACCAAGACAGCCCCCCGCACCGGCCCCACGCACCCAAAGCACAAGGCUGCCCUCAUCCCGACGAGAACCGGGAAGCAAACCAAGACGAAGGCGAAGAGAGACCGUGCAAACAAAUACCCCAGCACCACCGCCCCAACCACCGCCCCAAUCAGUAUGUCCAGCAGAUUUCCGAGCAGCGCGGCCCAGAGAGACACGGUCCUUGUAUUGUUUCUUCUCCAUGCGCGCCGCAGUGACUUUUGCAGGUGAUUCCAUGUGAGGCGGAGAGCAGUGCUGUCCAUUGGGAUUUCUCUCAAGAGCCACGCGGCACAGAUGGGUACGAGCAUCACAGCGAUGUCGCAAGGACCACAAUUUCCUUCGCACGAGCUGAUCUGAAGCCAUCGUCGGCUCAGUGCAUCGGGUACUACCGCCGCGGCGAGGCGGGGGGCCAUCGGCGCAAGCACAGACAGCAGCAUGUAUGCCGCCGUCACACAUGCGGUCGGAUGCGGCGAGCGGCCACUCGAGUGGUAGAGGGGAUGGAAGAGGCUCAGCAGCAGGUGGAUGACAAAGCGCAAGGCCAUCAUGCCAAGGGUCCCCGCGGCAAGAGAGAAGAGGAUCCCGGCGAUAUCCUCUCUCUCCUCUUCUGGGAACGCUGCGAGCCCAUGGCGCAGUGCAGACAGCGUCUGUCUCAUGCUCACAGAGAAGGAAGGUUGCUCCGGUCGCCGGCAGAAGCUAUCUAGGACGCCAAAUGCGACUAUCAGGACGCACGCUGCGGGCAGACACCCCAGUAGUUGGGCGUCGCGUAUGCCAUCGAACCGGUAUGGGGCCUUACAAAUGUAGCAGUUGACCAUCCGCCAUCCUAAACACAGACACACACGGCACCAGCAACACACGUGUACCCUGCCGCCCUCUCCUUGAUCGAAUGCUCACCACUCCUCCUUGAUGCUUCCCACAGACAGGUGGUGUGGACCCACUUGCCUGAGAGACACAAGGGACGUUCAGUGCAUGCAGUUCCCUCUGUGUCUCCCUCCCUCCCCCCCUCCCUCCUCCAUCCCCGUUACCCGUCCCUCGGCAGUCACAUGGCGAUAUGAGCGGCCCUGUGUCGAUGUCCUCGUUGCUGUCCAGGCAGAUGCGGCAGCUGGCAUCGGGCUCUGGCGGCCACACGAGCCACGGCGAGAGGCACUCCGCGAGCAGGCCCAUCGAUCGAUCAGGCUAUGACGCCGCAUGCCAUGAGGACGAGGACCACCCCGCAGGCGAGGAUGAUUGCGAGUGAGAGGAGGCAGGCCUUGAGGAUGCCGCGGUGCUUUUGUCUCAGAAAGGGGCACCACUUGUGGUGGGGACGGUUGCUUCUCGUCGUGCUGUCCACAUACACAUCGUCACGGAAAACAAGCCAAACGCAGCCGCAGCAGCUCAUUGUCUUAUAGCGCUCUUUUUCUUG